GCAUAGCAGAGAAGAAGAUAAAGCUUCGCACCUUGUCACUGCAGAGGACUGAGCUAAGCAUGAAACCAAACAUUAGUAAAACACUAACGUAAUGUAAAUAGUGAAGGCGACCGUGCAUGGGACCAAUGUUCAGGUACAUUUUGGGAUCAUCUGUGAAAUAUGUGGCCUCCCUGCCGGCUCUGAGACACCAUUACAUGCUGCAAAACAGGAUGUCCACUUCCCCUCCGCCUGUGGCAGCAGUCUGUCAAGUUACAGCAAGCCCAGACAAGGAGGCCAACUUCUCUGCGUGUAAACAGCUGCUUGAGGAAGCCCGACAGCAAGGGGCCUGCAUGGUUUUCCUGCCAGAGGGGUUUGACUACAUUGGAUCCAGCAGAGAGGAGACCUUGUCACUGUCAGAAAGUCUGAGAGGGGACAUGAUCUCCCGAUACACUCAGCUCGCCAGGAAGUUGGAGGUGUGGCUGUCUCUUGGAGGAUUUCAUGAACGAGGACAUGAUUGGGAGAGCGACAGACGUAUUUAUAACAGUCAUAUUAUCAUUAAUAACAAAGGUGACAUCAUGUCAGUCUACAGGAAGUCCCAUUUGUUUGAUGUGGAACUGCCAGAAAAGGGUGUGUCACUCAAAGAGAGUGCCUUCACCAUCCCUGGAGCCUCCCUGGUUCCUCCAGUCCAGACUCCCAUUGGCAAGGUCGGACUGGGAGUUUGCUAUGAUUUGAGGUUCCCUGAGUUAUCACUUGCUUUGCAAAGACAUGGUGCAGAUAUCCUUACAUACCCAUCAGCCUUCACUGUAGCAACAGGAGCCGCACACUGGGAGGUGUUACUCCGUGCACGGGCAAUAGAAACACAGUGCUUUGUCCUGGCAGCAGCGCAAGUAGGCCGGCACCACGAGAAGCGUACGUCGUAUGGCCACGCCUUGGCCGUGGACCCCUGGGGUGAUGUGGUGGGUGACUGUGGAGGAGAGAAGCCAGGCAUGGUGCUGGUGGAAGUCGAUCUGGAGAAAGUCAAUAGAACCAGGAGGAACAUGCCUGUCCAACAGCAUCGCAGGGACACUGCUUUUUACCAGAGUCUCAGUCAAACCUGAUUGUGAUUAAAGUGCAAAGAUAAAAUCGUCUAUUGAAGCAGAAAAGGAUGUCUGAAUUUUUUUCUUUCUUUUAGAUACAUUUCUGUGUCCGGAUUUAUUCUGUUGAAUAAAAAAAAAAAACCUUAAA